AUGGAAACUCUCGCUGACACCAGUCUCGAGAGUCCAAAGCCUGAGGAGCCGAAUGAUCCAUCACAAGAUGGCGAAAUUCUCGUGCAAGUUGAGGGGCCAACGGUUGAAGGUGAAGAGACUGCUGCAAUGGCUGACCCCGGUCAACAAGACGAUGAGGCUGCAGAAGUGCCGAAAGUGGUGUCGGAACCCAGCACCUCACAACCAGUGCCGACCGAUGAGUCGACUUCAUCUGGUGAGCCAGUCGAAACCACUGCCCCGAAGGAACCAAAGAAGCCUCCAGAAGAUAUCUCCUCUGCGGUUAAGACGGUCCUCUAUUCAAUUGACGAACUGCCGUUAGAUUCUAAUGCAAAGUAUGGCCUUGACUUGGUUGACAAGGAGGGCAAGCCGUGGCUCAUUCAGGUGCGAUUCGAGGAGAUGAAGAAGGUAUUGCGCAUCAAGAAGAUGCGCAUUUACCCUGAACGGCCAGGGUUCGAGAACUUGAACCCGGGCUGUGUUGCCAUUGCUCCCGAUGUUGGCGAAUUGCAGCAGCGGCAAAUUAUCCGCGAGGCACUACAAGAAUACGUGGCUUAUUUGACCAAGUAUGCUGAAGAAGAAGUGGAAGACAAACAUUUGCUUGUCAACCAGUCUACUGUCAAAGUCCUCGAACGCGAGCACGUUGCCACUCUGGACCGUAGCUACCAUCACUCCCAGUUUAAAGAUGCCCUCUUUUUGUGCGGAAUUUGUAAAUUUCACCUGUUCCACCCGAGCAGCGCAUUGGAGCAUUGUAUCGGUCCUGAACAUCGCGGCAACAUGGAGAAAAUCGAGAUUCAUGAGCGAUUGUACAAGCUACCUCAACUGGAAAGCCAACAUUACUCGGCCAUCGAUGCUGAGAUUCGACGCCUUUCUGCACCGUCGUCAUUGCUCGCUGAAUUCACCGCCAACGCCGAUCGCGCCCACAAAUUUAUUGAGGAAUGUCUCCGGGAGCUGACGGCAGAUAGCGCUUUUACCUGGAAUCUGACCCAUUACGGCAGCUCAGCGACUGGCCUCGCGGCAGUCGGUGGCAAGGUGACCUCGGACGUUAAUCUGCACCUGAUGGUCCACGAUGUCAAGGAGUCCAUCAUCUGGGAAUUGAUGAACAAGCUCCAUAGGCAUCUUGAGGCUAUCUCUAAAGCCAACACUGCCUCCAUCACUGUGACGUAUAUGAAGAAGCCAAAUGUGAUGACACUCCAUUAUGAAUCAGUACAGGUGGUGCUCCGGGCCAACGACUACCGCAGAACUAUUUUUUCCAACGCUAUUUCUCAAUGGGCUGCUGUUCGCUCCAACCUCGUGCCUUUCCUCCGUUGGAUCCGCCGUUGGGCGAUGAUAUCGGAUCUCGUGGAGCGAACGCAAGACAUGCACCCGGGCCUACCUACGUACGUCGUCGACAUGUUUGCCAUUCAUUUUCUGCUCCGUGCCGGACUCAUACCACCAGUCUUCAAUAAAGAUACGCAGGCAGUCGAGAUCAAUGAACCAACGACUUAUGAGCUGCUAUCGGAUGUGGAAAUCAAGGAAUUGGCUGGGACGGAUACGUCUGAUGGAUGGUGCCUAGGAAAACUAUUCCAUGAUUUCCUUGAAUACUAUUCAAAGAAGCAUUCUCAAGCGCUUCGUAUCCAAGUCGUGAGCGCGGAUAUACCAAUGUUGCGCAUCGGGACCAGCCGCCGAUUUUUCAUCUCAGAUCCCGCCGGGCUAUCAACAUCCUUGUCACAGACGGUGGCCACCCAUCUGUACAACGUGGUGCUGCAUUCUUACUGCUAUCUACGGGUCCCAGAUUUCAUGGACAGCGAGAAAUCCCCGUUGCGGCUGGUUAUGGAUCCACGCGAACGCGAGGGCCGUAAGGAUGGCAAGAAUCAUGACCAUGGUAAAGCCACUCCUCAAAAGGUUCCCGCUGUCCCUGCCGCCAUAACGGAUUCGGACAUUGACCCAUCAACAAACUGGGUGUACAACGCCAAGGAUCUGGACGAAGAGGGUCUCCUCGUCGAGUUCGCUGACCAACAACAACUCCAGUACACUCCAAUGGCGCUCCUACAAAUUCUUUCGAACGAUCCGAAUCAACAUUGCUACGCGGGUCAACUUCCGGAGCUGGAGAAACUCUACUCUGCUGAUGAGGAGCGCUACUACAGCAUUUUUCAAAUCUUCGAUAGCCCCACAAACAUCACGCAGCGUAUCGAGACCGUACUACGGCUUCACUACGCGAGUCGACGCUACCGGAUGCUUGCCCCCAACGACCCGAACCUCUGUGCGCCGGCGAUCGAAAUGGAGGAAAUGGACGGCGGAAACAAGCACUGCCCGGUGGAUCGUCUUUACGCCUGGAAGCCAGAGCCUGUGGUGCAGGAGCCGUCUGUUAACAUCAACGGUGGCCUUCCUUUCCAAUCUCACAACGUCACGCGCGACUCUGAGGCUGAGGCCGGUGGUUGGAGCGAUACUGAAGCGGAGGUGAAGAUCGACUAUGGCAAGUCAAAUGCAUCGACCAGCGAGGCACCCGAUCCAACCGUUACCGUGUUCCCGGUCGUCGCUGGCAACGCUGAUUUGGUUGGCGGUCUCAAGCUCCUUUCGCUGGCAUCCAAUGAGAAAAUGAGCACGGAUGAGUUGCGGGUGCAAUUUGCCAACGAGAAGCUGAAUUUCGACGAGCUCGCUGCGCGCAGUUGCGACUACGACUUUGGGGCCGCGUUGAAUUUCACUGGUGGCUAUAUCAUCGAUCGUCGUUGUGCUGCCUGUAACGAUCCGACGCAUACAAAGGAUUAUUGUCCGUUCCUUGAGGUGCCAAAGUACAGCAAGCUCAAACUUCCUGGUGAUCCGGUGAUCAGACAACUGGAUUGCGUCAUUGGACGUUUGUACAAUUUGGAAGCCGUCACCGAGGAGCAGUCGGAAGAAGUGCAAACACGGGUCAACCAACUACAGCAGCGUAUAAACACUUCGAAUUUUGGCAAACAGAUGGGCCCUAUUACCCUGAAGGUCUUUGGAUCAUACUGUAACACCAUUGGCGGCCGAGCUUCGGACGUGGACAUUUGCUUGACCUUCGACGAAAGCCCUGAAGAACCUCCACGCAAACACAGCACGAAGAGCGUUAUGCAACGCCUGGAGAGUGCACUACGCUAUUGCCAGUUCACCGACAACAUUGUGCUGGUGGCCAGAGCGAAGGUUCCAAUCGUCCAGUUUUCGCUCUUCUUCGAUUCGAAGAAGGGGAAGUUCUCCAAAUACAACAAUUUGUUGCAACACCAGGAUUACCGACGUUUGGAUGCGGACAUAUCCUACUACAACCUGCUGGCCAUGCACAAUUCGAGGCUCAUCUCUACGUACUGCGAUAUCUGGCCGCCGUUGAGAUCGCUGGGCAUUUUCGUCAAGCUCUGGGCGAAGAACAACCAAAUUGGAGACGCGGCGUGCGGGUCUAUCUCUUCCUACGGGCACAUGCUGUUGUUGAUCCACUUCCUGCAGCAGGCGGAUAUCCUACCCGUGCUCAGCGAGGCGCCCUGGACUGACGGCCUGGAGAAACAAUUUUGCGAAGGCUUCGACGUCACCUUUGCUUCUGAUGUCGAGUCUAUCAAGGUUGUUCAAAUUCGACGCAAGGCAAUGCUGACUAUCGAGGAGAAGCGCAAUGAGGAUUUGAAGGUCCAAAAAAUGAUCCAGUGGAGUACGGAGCGCGGAAUCUACAUCGAAGACCCGUUCGAUCGAACGCACAACCUGCCAUCGGGAAUCAAAGACAGAAUGCUCGCCUACGUGCGUCGUUGCUUUGAUGCCUCACGUGUCAAGCUCUACAGCUCUGAGGAUCUCGGCAUCACGCUCAAAGACGGCAAGAAGCGCAAGCUGAAGCUUAGCCCGGACGUGUUGGAAAAGCAAAUAGUUGACUUGAUGCGCGCACUGCAAUUCGCGGAAGUUGUCCCUGAGGCCAAUGCGCGUUGCGUGCACUGCAAGAAAGUCGGGCACUUUGUUCGAAACUGUCCGGUGAAACAAACGCACCAUCCCUUCACAAAGAAGACACCGGUGAAAAAUUUGGACCGUACGCCUGUGAAGUCAGGCGCCCAACACGGUCCCGCAAAGCCUCGGCUGGGCCCCGGUUUUCCCAACAUGACGGCGACAACGCGGCCCGCUCAAGCAACCCAACCAGCCGGGCCGAGCCGCAGCAACAAGUACAGCGCCCCGGCCCCUGCCAAGCAGCAAUCAAAGGGGGGCACACACACCACUGUUCCACUCGCACCCUCACCGCUUCUUGACCACCAACCGUCGACACCCUCCAGCGAUCUGCCAGCCGUGCCACAACAAUUCGAGGAUGUCGAAGAGGAAUCGCUGGAUUCGGAGGUUGACGCCGAGAUGGUGGAAGACAUACGAGCGUUCUCGGAACCGGACGGAUUGAUUGUUUCACCAUCCUCGGCUACUGUUUCCCCACUAACUGUGAAGCGGCAAGGCCUCAACAUAGUUACUCACCGGCGCCGGGACCCGCUCGAUGGCGAUGGCGAGGUUACUUCAGAUCCGGAAAGCCCCGACGAGGACAUGGCACUGGAGAUGUUGGCCCAAAAUUCGCACAUGAGGCAGGGCAUCAUUCAAAUAAUGAAACGGGACUCUCACGUGCAAGUGGAUGACGUUUUGCCCCUGCCCAAUGCCGUGCAAGAGGACCUCAACUCGGUGCCUUCAGCCGUUGAAGCGGAUCAAGAGGAGUCAAAAAAUGCUGAUGAGGACCGUACUCUCGAUGAAACGAAUGACACGGAAACCGGCUCUACUGUAACCGUUGUUCUGCCUCAUCCCUUACCGCCAAUCGCGCCACGGCCUCGAUUCCGACCCCCAAGGGAGCGUGGGAUUUUCCGCGUGCCUCCUCCUCUGACCCUUCCGACACCGGAAAUCCGUGAUGGUCAUAGAGAUGGUGAGCUCACUGAUCCAUCACAGGCCUCUGUGACUGUAGAGGACGUCACCGUUGAUGAAAGUGAGCCCGCUUUCACAGCGCUGCCUGAAGCAAUGAUUGAAAGCCUGAAACGUUUGACGCCGGAGCAAACGCAGCAAUUGCUACACAUCCUAUCCCCCAAUUCGAGUUCCUUCGAGAAUUUUGCGGGGCCAGUGUCGGAUGAGAGCAAUAAGCCAGUUGGGCAAGACUAUCAUCGCGCAACUGCGACUGAACGACAAGCGGCUGGUCGAGAUUGGUGGUUAGCGCAACAACCUGGAACUGUCCACGGGAGCACAGAUGAGUCUCUUGCCGCGCAACUCAUAAGAGAAGAUAUUGAAAGAUCUGGACAGGACGUUGCUCACCAUCAUCAACAUUUGCUUGGACACUUGUCAUUGGACGAGUUCGAGGAGCAACAGGCUCGCUGGCUUGAAGCGGAACUUGGACUACCGGUGGCCUCGUAUGCCAAUGUUGACAACACCUGGGACCGGCCAUCUACUUCCCGUGAACCCGAUGAAGGAUUUCCGAUUCCCGGCACUUUCCGUGAUCUGGGAGGUACGACCGUGGACGAAUGGGCCAGACUACAAGAUGAGCAUUAUCCGCAAGAGCCCAGGACCGAGCCACAACCAAAGCCAAAAUCCAAGCGCAGCAAGUUGCGCCCCGCCGAAGCAUCAAUGUUUGCUAAUGCCAAGAUCGAAGAACCGCUCCCAGGCCCAUCGCAGCCGGUGGAAGAUGUUGUGCUGGGUACUUUCCACCAAAUUGGAGGCACCACGGUGGAAGAGUGGGCCAAAUUGCAAGAUGAAACUUCCUGGGCCGGGCGGCCGAUGAUGCUGUGCAACGAUUUUGAAGGAUACGAGGAGGCCGUGGAGAAUGGUUACCUCGGAGGGCCGAUGGAAGCACCUCGUGAAUCACAAUUUGUCUGGAACUCCCCGAAUGCGAGUCCGCACAAUAGCAAUUUGGAGCCGGAGUGGCUGGCGGAUCCGCUAGUUGAUCACCGUCCGGAUCGGCUCUACUUUGACCGGCGCUUCCACGUCGAGGUGAGGGUGCGCAAGGGAAAGAAGGAUAUCACCAAGGCCAAGGUUGGAGAGCGCGGUGUGUUGCCGAUGCCGCGCGAGAUCGUCAACUCAAACUUCCAGGCCAAGGGAUUCGCGGACAACUGCCAAUGGGAGAAGAUUGACGUGAGCGCCAAGUCCAAAGACACUCCUCCGCCCAAGGAUAAGAAAAGAAAAACAAAGGCGCCGGGCAACUCGCGCAACCAACCGACCGCCGCCAAUCCA